AUGUAUUAUUCCAGCAUUGGGAUCCCAAAGCUACCAAGCCAAGAAAUUAAAAGGUCCAAAUGCCUGUUUGAUGCCUAUUUUGAACAGUGCCUCUCUCCUCUGGAAAUGGAAGGGGGUCCAGCUCCAGGAGCAGAUCUUCCUGAAACCACCCCCAGUUGUCCUGGAUGCAAUGCUGCUCCUGGAGAAAACCAGAGUAGAAUCCAGGAUCCCCAAAGGUGCUGCCUAGCCUUCCAUGCCUGGGAUCUCCAUCUUGAUCGCAACAUGGCUUCCGAUGACAUGGCAGACAGCCCUAACAAGACCAGUUCCAGCAUUUCAGAAGUGCUGGACCUCUGUCAGAUUGAUGCUGAGACCAUCCUUGGCAACUUGGGAUUCACAGAAGAAUUAGCCCAGGCUGCCACUUGGAUUCCUGAUCGGUUCUUCUCUGUUCCAUCCCAAGCGGAGGGCAUAAAUUUCCCUCUCUUUCUAAGAGCUCAAAUCCAGCGGAUCGAGAUGGAGGAUCCUUGUUUGAUGUUAGUAAGUCGGUUCAGAGAUGUCCACAUUGUGGGUGAAACAGCUGAUGAUUGCUUCUGCCUCUAUUCAUAUAUAUCUAAGACACCAUUGCAGGAGUUCUCACCUGACUACUUGUUCUGGGCCUUUCCAGAAAUCCCGGAUUCCUGGAAUAUUCCCUCCCAGCCAGAGUCUUUAUCUCCUCUCCAUGCCCUGCAAAAAGCUAUGCGCUUGUGUACCUCAUCCCAGAAAGAAUGGCCCCCAGGAGCAUUCAGUGUGCAGUCUCCUGUGAAUUGUGUGGAACAGGAAAUGUGGGAAGUGAUACACAAGGGUCCCAAAGGUCGAUUUCCAUUCAACAUGGAAGAUUUGGAAAAUGAAACUCAAGCAGUGCCCGUGAAGGAUUCAGUUUGUCACAGUAGAAAGGGCAGAAGGGUAGCUACUUCAAGGUCCGCCUUCAUAGAGACACCUCGGGUGAUUUCUCCCUGUAGCUAUGAAACUCCAUGUUAUUCUUGGAAAAAUGCAGAAAUAUCCUUGCCAGGAUGGGUUUCUUUACACUUUGGUGAGACAAGAAAGAAGACGUUGGACAACGUUGACCCCCAAUGGUUAUGCCAUUUUGGAUAUCAUUCUUCUCCAGAGGCUACCUCUCCAGAUGAAACCAGUGAAGAUUCUGAUGAAGAGUAACUCGCUGGGAAGAGAAGAGGACUGUAUGGACCUCUUGAUAGAACUGGCAUAGAAGUUAGUGCAUGCACAAAAAACAGGUAUCCAACAUUUUCAACGGGAUCUUAAUUAUGUACUCUUAAUUGUGUGGUCUAAUUCCAUGCAUUAAAGCUCUAGCACCAUAUUGGUGCUCUGAAGAUUAAUAGGAGAGGCCUACUUUGAACAGAUAACACGAAGAUUAUUUAAUUGACGGUAAAGUUGUUUGAGAUCAUUAAUUAUUAUUUGUAUUAUUACAUUCAAUAGCUUUUGGAGAUCUGAAUUCAGCACAAGUCUUUGCUGGAGGAUGUGCACCUGAAGAUAAGCAUAAUGUUACUAAUCAUGUUGCUGAAUGUUCCACUCAAAGGGAAAAAAUGCAGAUAUUUAUACUAGUGACUUGGAUACCAAACAUGGGUUUAAUCCAACUAUAUGUGAAUCAGUGGUGGGAUACGACCGGUACGCCCCAGUAUAGGCGUACCGGUGCCUGCUAAGAG